AUGGAUGAUAGAGAAACCGUGGACUCCCUGGUCCGUCAGGCGGAGAACCACACUCAUGCCAUCCUCCUGCACACAUACCGUGACCUGGCCAGUCCUGCGGCGGCUCCCAUCGGGGAGUUUUUCACAGAUGUGGGUCUCUUUGUCUUGGGCUCCGAGCUCAGUCUGGAAGAAGCUUCACACCGCUUCUUUGACGCCCUUUUCCCCCUGGUUUACGAGCGGCUGGUGGAGCCGGGUCUCUCCCGCUUGUCUCCACCGUACGCCGAGUGUGUCCGCAUGGCCUGUCGGGAUCUGGCGCCAUAUGGCAGAGCCCCGAGUCGCCUCGCCGCGCACAUCUCCCGGGCCUCACUGCCUGGCCGGGUGUUCCUCCAAGCGCUUCACUUGGGCGUCGAGGUCAUCAAUACGACCGACCACAUUCAGCUCAGCCGUGAGUGUAGACGUGGGCUGCUGAGGAUGAGCUACUGCCCGCACUGUCAGGGUCUGACCGCCAGCAAGCCCUGCAUGGGCUACUGCCUCAACGUGGUGCGAGGGUGUCUCGCCAGCCUGGCCGAAGUGGACGCCCAUUGGAGGGAGUUUGUGCGAUCGUUAGAGACGCUCUCCACCCGCAUGCAUGGAGCGCAGGACCUGGAGCAAGUGCUUCUGGGAGUUCACGAGCUGGUGAGGGAUACAGUGGCCCACGCGCAGAGGAGUGCACCGCGACUUUCUGCUCAGGUGCACAGGGUGUGCGGUUACCCCAGCAGACAGCCGGAGCAGGUGAGCAGCGUUCAGCACGGCAGCGCCGGCCAAGACUCUAUUCCUUUGAAAGGAGUGAUCAGAAACACAGAGGACACGCUCAGCAACAGGAGGAACUACACUCUUCGAGUGGUUGGCAAUGGGAUUAAAGCCCAGGCUGAAAACCCAGAAGUCAAAGUGAAGGAGGCCGACCCAGUGAUCAGUCAAGUCAUUGAUAAACUGAAGCACAUCAAUCAGCUGUUGCAGGGCAAGUCAAUACCAAAGCUUGGCACCCUGGACCAAAUCGAGACAGGAAGUGGAGACGGAUACAGUGGAGAGUGUGAUGACGAGGAUGGAUGCUGGGGAUCAGGGAACGGAGCGGCCGAGAGGAGAAGAAUAUUCACUAUAUUGACAUUGGAAAAUACCAACAAUCACCGAUACCAUCACCCACAAACCAAAGACUUUGAUCAGAUGAAUUCUGGCACGAGAGAAACACAAACGGUCCCGCUGGCUCUGGUCUCGAUAUGCGCGUUUGCGCUGUUGUCAGGGUAACAUCAGCCAACUUGGGCCCGAGCCCCAGUCUCAAGACUGCUUUUUCACACUGUUUAUUGGAAAGAAAAGAAUACGUGCCAGCUUUACAAUGUUGAGGGUGAAAUUUCAGCGAGGAGAUGUUCUCGAAUGGAAACGGAUUGUAAAAAUUGAUGCAUUGAGAACUGAGGAUGAACUGAGAGUGAAAAAAUAUGAAACAAAACUGUCCUUUCAUAAACCUUUUUAAUCACAAAGAGUUUCUAUCAUACACAUAACAGGCUACUAAAAAUUCUGCCGACACU